GGAGACGGGGGCCUCGCGGCUCAGCCCCCGCAUCAGAACAGGUCUCCGCGGCGCUCGCCCUUCGCCGAGCCCUACCGCCGAGCCCGCCCCGGGCCGGCGUGCGCUGGUCAUCAAGGCCCAGGCUGCCGCUGCCGCUGCCGCUGCCGCGGCGCGUUCUUGAAAUCAUGAAUCCUGUUUAUAGCCCUGGUUCUUCUGGGGUUCCCUAUGCAAAUGCCAAAGGAAUUGGUUAUCCAGCUGGUUUCCCCAUGGGCUAUGCGGCCGCAGCUCCUGCCUAUUCCCCCAACAUGUACCCUGGAGCAAAUCCUACCUUCCAAACAGGUUACACUCCUGGCACACCUUACAAAGUGUCCUGUUCCCCCACCAGCGGGGCAGUGCCACCAUACUCCUCCUCCCCCAACCCCUACCAGACUGCUGUGUACCCUGUGCGAAGUGCCUACCCCCAGCAGAGCCCCUAUGCACAGCAGGGCACGUACUACACACAGCCCCUGUAUGCAGCACCCCCUCAUGUCAUCCACCACACCACGGUGGUGCAGCCCAACGGCAUGCCAGCAACAGUGUACCCUGCUCCCAUCCCUCCACCUAGAGGCAAUGGCGUCACCAUGGGCAUGGUGGCUGGGACCACUAUGGCCAUGUCAGCAGGUACCCUGCUGACCGCCCACUCCCCAACUCCUGUUGCCCCCCACCCAGUCACUGUGCCCACGUAUCGGGCCCCAGGAACGCCCACCUACAGCUACGUGCCCCCUCAGUGGUGAUCACCCUGCAAAUGUUUGAGGAUGGAGCUGUGCAGUCACAUCUUGGAGGUUCCACAGCUGGUGCUGCAGGCCUCGCGCCUCCAACCUGGACUUUCUUCUUAAUGCUCUCGACACUUAGCUAACACUACUCUGGCCCGGCCCAGCAGGUCCCAGCGCCAUUAGUUUCCAACUGACUCUGUGGGUUGGUCUUAAAGCAAUUCCUGUUUUGUGGGCUGCCUGGCAAUUUUUUAGCUAACUGUAAUGAUAAAAAGGGAGUAUUAAUCUAUUCUGAAUCAUAUCUAGUUGAAUGCAUGUUUAAAAAAAACAAACAAAAAACAAAGCUUGCUCAAUCUACCUGCAGUGACUGAUGCAAAACCAUCAUAUGCAAAACCCAAAGGAAUGGAAAAGCAUUUUACAACUUGUAUCACUAAUGCACUGUUGUAAUGUAUGCAGAGUCUUCAAGUUAUAAGUGUUAAAGUGAAUUUCUUCAUAGAGUAUCUGAAAUCCCUUGGAUGAUUCUUCAGCCUUUGGGGUUGAUGUGGGUUGCCAGUUGGUAACGUGGACUUUGAGUUUUCAGCCAUCUGUUUCUUUCACACUGACUGCACGGGAAGAGAGUCGCAGGGACAGGAAAAGUGCAGGGUGGGCCACCACUGCCUGGGGCACAGCCAGCUUUCUGGACGUCCCUUUCCUUGCCGUUUAGGCUUGCCUAAACAUUGUGGUGUGGACAUUCUUAGAGAUGAUCAUGAAAGUAUAGAGUUGUAUGGCCAGUACAGUUAGGGGCAAGAGGUUGUCUAUGUAUCAGCAAAGCAGUUUUCUCUGCCAUCUCAAUUUUCAUUACAAGUCUCCUACACGUAGAGAUGAGGUUUUCUGUGUCUUUAUUGGGAAAGUCUUAUGUAGAAUUAAAUUAUUUUCCUGGGAUGGAAGAUGUGUGAAGGAGAAACAGUCACACUUGGAGGAGGUAUUGGUUUCUCCUUUGUUUAGCUUAGAAAACCAUUCGUCCCUCCCGCCCCCAGAAGUUUCAGUACGGAAAACAUAUGUGGGCAUUGCUGUCCUCUACCACUCCCCCACCAACGAAGGGCAAAGAUUUCAGCUGUCUGUUACGAAGAAAGUUAAAUAUUUAAAAGAACUAUUAAAAGGGAACAAAACUC